UAAACAUUUCAACUGUUUAUACAAUGAAGAUGGGGCUAUUUAAGCGUGUAGAACUUAUAGAAGGGUGUAUGAAAGCUUUCUGAAAAGCAGCAAAAAUGUACACUAAUGGAGGCUCUGCUCUUGGCUUAGAGGACUUAGCCAUAUAUGUCUCCUUAGUGGGUUCUCAGAUAUUUUUUGCGGUGGUCACUGUUCUCACGGGUAAUGAAUUGGCAAAGGGUACAAACCCCCUGACUUUUGUGGCUUAUACCAGUGGCUUUGGGGGCUUGCUACUCAGCCCUUUUGCAUUUUUCUUCGAAAAAAAAAGUUGGUCUAAAGUGAGUUUCUCUCUGUUGGGUCAACUGCUUCUGCUCUCUCUUGGCGGAGUGUGUGCAUUUCAAGUGUUGUUGUUAAUGGGAUUGAAGGAAACGUCUCCUUCCUUAGCUUCAGCAAUGCCCAAUUUGGCUCCUGCAAUUAUUUUCGUCAUGGCAUGGACUUUGGGAAUGGAGAAAGUAGACAUGAAGUGUGCUUACAGCCAAUUCAAGAUUGUGGGUACAGUAAUCUGUGUGUGUGGAGCAAUGGCCAUGAGUUUCCUGCAUGGACCUGCUCUAAGCCAACUUUGGCCUUCACCACAGGCACAGGCUCACACACAAAACAUCAUUCUUAACUUUCUCCAUGAGGGGAAUUCUAGCAAAACUAUCACAGGAUGCAUUUACCUCUUAACAGCUGUGAUAAUCUUGUCAUCUUCUAUGAUACUACAGGGUGAGACAUUGAAGAAGUAUCCAGCCCCAUUGUCCCUGACAGCAAUCACAUCACUUCUUGGCUCCAUCCAAACUGCUGUCUUGAUAAUGGCUUUAGACAAGGGUGUUUAUGCAUCAUCAUGGUUUCUGGAUUGGAGUGGGGUUGUGACUGUUAUGUUUGGGGGAAUGUUUUGCAAUGCAAUAGCAUUUAGUUUGCAGUCAUGGUGCAUUCAGAAAAGAGGACCUGCAUUUGUGGCAACAUUUGGCCCUGUCUGUACUGUUUGCUCUGCUAUUUUGUCAUCCUCCUUUUUAGGCGAAACCUUGCAUCUGGGAAGUGUAGUUGGUGGGCUGCUGAUAUUUGGCGGUCUGUACCUUGUUUUGUGGGGUAAAAGCAAAGAAAUUGAUGAUGAAAGAAGAGUUUCAGAUGAAGAAGAGCAGUUAGACCGUCCUCACAAAGUAUCAAAAGAUGUAAAAACACCUCUAUUAUGUUGAUAUUCACAAUCUCUUUGAAUUAUAGUUCAUCAAUGGAUGUGUUUGUAUUUUUGUAAA